AUGCCCUCAUCCCCCAACGGUAUCGGCGAGCCCGUUUGCGACGCGGCUGGGUACGCCUGGUCCCUCGCUCGAUACAGUCGCCACAUCAUCGCCGUCCACACCAUCUGCACCCUCCUGGAUUCUGGCGAUUUUGACCGCCACGGCGGAGUCUCUCGUCCGUUCCGCACGCGAUCUGACGCGCGGCCGUUCACCCGCGGCAGCCGCUUCCAUAUCCCUGCCGCUUCCAGGCAUCCUCAGGCAUGA